GCGCUUUUCUUCGUCGUUCCUCAAACCACCCAAAGCGAUUUGAAACCGCUUCCAUGGAAGCCCAGCAGGAUGUGUCGUCGUGUCAACGGGCCUCAACAAAUUACAACUUCCGGCGUAAGGUGCGUGUCAAUAUUUUGAAGCGGAAGUCGCGCUUCUGUUGCAACCUGUCCGCUGUCACCGUGGACUCAUCUGACAUGCACACGCAUGACAUGAAAUGAAAUGACGCGCAUAUACACACACACCCCGUCCCAGCCUAUAAAGGCACACACACCACCAAGGACCCCCAUUGACCACAGAGCAACAACACAAAGAUCAUUCGAAGAGGACACGCUGAGCACAACUAUGGGCGUCUUCAUUUCGCGACUUUUCUCCAUGUUUACUGCCAAAACUCCAGCCAGGAUUCUCAUGGUGGGUCUGGAUGCUGCCGGUAAAACAACUUUGCUGUACAGAUUGAAGCUGGCUGAGGUGGUCACUACCAUCCCCACUGUGGGGUUUAACGUGGAAACAGUUGAAUAUAAAAAUAUCUCCUUCACUGUUUGGGACGUCGGUGGGCAAACUGUCAUCAGACCGCUAUGGAGACACUACUACACAAACACUAAUGGUGUCAUCUUUGUGGUGGACAGUAAUGACCCCCAGAGACUCAAAGAGGCAUCUGAAGAGCUGCAUAGGAUCCUGGAAGAGGACGAGCUGAGAAAGGUGGCGCUGCUGGUGUUUGCCAACAAGCAGGACCUUCCUCAAGCCAUGACAGUCGCUCAGGUCAGCGACGGCCUGUGCCUGUCGGGGGUCACGCAGCCGUAUUAUAUUCAGGCGUCCUGCGCGGUGAGCGGGUCAGGUCUGGUUGAAGGUCUGGAUUGGCUCUCGAAGCAGAUCGUGAAGCAGUUUUAGCUGAUGAGUUGUGGACUUCUCCUUCCCUCUCUGCUCCUCGCCUCAUCAACACUUUGGCCGCAGUAUCUUCACCUCACCAAGCGAAGUACAAAGGAAGAAGAAAAACACUUUGGGAUGUUUUUGCUCAUAAGAAAUGGUUCUGGUGAUAUUAUGGUUAUAUUUUUAUAUUAUUAUGCUGGAGAAAGGGUUCUGAUACAAGGAUUGAUCAGGUCGUUCUGUUUUAUUUCAUUUGUGACAAAUGUCAAAGUUCAUAUUGUACAGAUGUAUCCUCAAUAAAGUGGCUAUAGGGUGGA